AUGCUUUGUUAUUUAUGUCUAUUUAAUGCUGAUAGUUGGAAAUCUUUAGUUUAUCAUUUUAAAAUUGUUCAUUUACUUAAAACAGACAGUAAUUAUACAUGUUGUGAAGGGACUUGUACACAAUCUUUUCAAUGCUUAGCUUCAUUUAAACGACAUAUUCUACAUAAACAUUUCCCUGAAAACAUCCCAUCAAAUAAUCAACCACAAGACCAAUCAUGUUUCAAUUCUUCAUUACUAACACACAAUAUUGAAAACUUAAUUGAUGAUAAUGUUUUAACUGAUAAUUUAACUAAUUAUCCAUUUGAUUUUGAUCUAGCUAGUGAAUCUCUGUAUAAAUCUGCAAUAGAAUUUGUUGUAAAUUUGCAUAAUAAUAAUAAUUUUACUAGAGUAGACAUUACCAAUAUUCAAACUAGUAUAAUAAAUAAAAUAAUUAUACCAAUUGUAGCCAUGCUGAAGAAUGUAGUAGAUGAUGAAAUUAAAGAACCAAUUAAGGUUGCUAAAUUUCAUAGAAUUGCUUCUGUUAUAGAAAAUCCUUUUUUUAUACUGUAA